GUGACUUUCAGAACCUCCACGACGGCCUCUUUAGCAUCAUGGAGUCUUUAGCCGAGAUGUCAGAAGAUCAUCUGCUUGCGAAGAUGUCGCGGAUGCAGCCUUUCGAUCAGAGAUUGCUGAAGAGCUGCAUCUGCAUGCUCUCUAUGGAGGUUGUUCCACAUGACGCCUUCCGGACCUCCAUGCAGAU